AUGCAGCAUCCUGAUCGUGAUGUUGAGCCUGCGGCGCCGGCUGAGGACCAGCCUCUGUUGCAGUCGGCGUCCGCGCCUGAGGCUAUGUGGAAGCCUCCGCGUGGGUUUGUCUGGAUUCAAAUAGCAAUCAUGUCCAACGUCUUCCUAUCCGGCUUCGACGGCACUAUCACGGCGUCGACCUACGCAGUGAUCAGCUCUGAUUUCAAUGCCGCCAACACGGCCUCAUGGUUGACUACCUCGUACCUGAUCACCAGCACGGCGUUCCAGCCGCUGUACGGGCGGUUCUCUGACAUCUUCGGACGUCGCACGUCCUUCUUCACCGCCACGAUCACGUUCAUCGCGGGGUGUAUCGGCUGCGGCGUUGCGCAGGAUAUCAUCACGCUGAAUUUGAUGCGCGCGCUGACGGGGAUUGGUGGGGGUGGGUUGAUGACUAUGGCGACGAUCGUCAACUCCGAUCUCAUUCCCUUCCGCCGCCGCGGCAUGUAUCAAGCACUGCAGAACGGGAUGAACGGCUUCGGAGCCGUCUGCGGCGCCUCGUUCGGCGGAUCCAUCGUCGACACGAUCGGCUGGCGCUGGUGCUUCAUCAUGCAGGUGCCCGUGGGUAUAUUCGCCCUUGUCACCGGCUACCUGGUGAUCAACCUGUCAUCCCCCUCCUCCAACGGACUGGUACAGCCAGGCCAGGGCUUGCGCGCGAUCUGGAAAUAUGUCGAUCUGUCGGGUGCCUGUCUGCUGAUCCUGGGUCUGUCGAGCCAGCUAGUGGGUUUGAGUCUGGGCGGCAACGAGCUCCCGUGGUCCGAUCCGUGGGUCGUUGGAUCGCUGGUCGGCAGUGUUGUGCUGCUUGCGCUGUUUGUGUUCGUUGAGGGGACCACGUCGGCUAUUCCGUUGAUUCCGCUGCGUAUGCUCAAGGGUGUGUUGCCUGUUGCGACGCAGAUCUCCAACGUUUGUGUUGGGAUGGCUGCGUAUGCUUUUCUGUUCACCCUUCCGCUGCUCUUCCAGGUUAUCCUGCUCGAUUCGGCCUCCAAGGCUGGGGCCCGCCUGGCUGUCCCGUCGCUGGCUGCUCCCAUUGGGAGUCUCGUCUCUGGCAUUGUGAUGUCACGCUGGGGAAAGCUCGCGCACUUGGUCCGCACGGGAGCCGCCUUGAUGUGUAUUGGUAACUUCCUCGUGAUGCUGUUGCAGUUCAACGACUCCGAAUGGAAGUAUUAUGUCUAUGUCAUUCCUGCCAGCUUGGGACAGGGCAUUGUCUAUCCCGGGAUCUUGUUUACGUUUUUGGCGGCGUUCGACCACGCAGACCACGCUGUCUCCGCCUCAACUGUCUACCUAGUCCGCUCGCUGGGUACGGUGUGGGGCGUGGCCAUUACGUCGACAAUUGUUCAAAACACAUUGCGCUCGGGUCUCGCAGAGGCCCUGAGUGGAGUACCAGAUAAAUGGAAACUCAUUGACGACAUUCGUCAUUCCGUCUCGGCAAUCUAUACCCUGCCCCCUGAGGUACAGAUGGCCGCGCGCCUGGUGUAUUACCGCGGGAUUCGACUAUCGUUCCUGGCGUCUGCCUGUUUCGGGCUCGUGGCGACCAUCGCGGCACUGUUCACGCGAGGAAAGGGGCUCCACCGGCCCGGUGAGGCGUAG